AUGGCGUUAGAAACAGCAGAGACUGCAAGGCGGGCAACCCGCGAGGAAAUGCGCGAUGCGAAGCUUCCCCUGCCGUACCGCGACAGCUGCGCACACCUGCUGAUCCCGCUCAAUCGCUGCCGGUUCGAGACAUGGCAUCUGCCGUGGAAGUGCGAGGACGAGAGGCACAGCUACGAGAAGUGCCAAUAUGUCGAGUUCAAGAAGCGGGUGGCUAAGAUGAAUGAGCUCCGGGAAGCCAAGGGCGGUGCUCGCAGCAACUGA